AUGGCUAUGAACGGAUAUGUUGAUUAUGAUUCGAUAGAUUGUGUUUCUCAAUUUCGUGUUGGUUACAGGUUUGAUCCAACGGAUGAUGAUCUCAUGAGCUUUUAUUUGAGGAAGAAGAUCUUUAACCAACCACUCACAUUUCAUGGAAUUCUUCAGUUUGAUGUGUUCCAAACUGAGCCAUGGAGGCUACCAAUUGAUACAAGAAAUUCAUUUAGUGAUAGGAAGUACUAUUUUUUUGAUGUGAGGAAUGGUAGGUUUGAAAACAUGGACAUAAGAGCAGCAGGUAAUGGCGAAUGGAGAAUUGUAGAAAAAAGAAAAGAAGUUUCUCUCCGAAGAAGCCGUUACUUCAUUGGAAGAAAGAACACUUUUGAGUAUUGGAAGAUGGAGGGAACACAAGUUGUGAGAAGUGAAUGGAUGAUGGAGGAGUUUCACAUCAAGCCAAUUCUUCAUCCUUACAUGAUGAAAAUCAUGAUUUUUGUGCUAGAUAUAGUGACUGAAUUUUUUAGCUCAAAUUUAAUACAGAAGUCAAUUUUAGGAGCAUAUAGAGUCUUUAAGAGGAAGGAGGCAAAGGGUGAGGAGAAAGUUACUACACCAACUGGGAAUGAUUUAACAAUGGAGGGUGAAGAUGAAUCAGCGAACCCUUCUGCUCCAUGA